AUGGCACAAAAUAGACAUUGGGAACAAGACAAAGAAGCGACAAUCUACAUAGGCAACAUUGACGAGCGCGCCACGACAGCAACCAUCUACGAAAUCAUGCUCCAGAUGGGCCCCAUCCACAACAUCCACAUGCCGCGUGACCGCGUCACCCAGAACCACCAAGGCUUCGGCUUCGUCGAAUUCCGCACGCCCUCGGACGCCGAGUACGCGGCCAACGUCAUGAACGGCAUCAAGCUGUUCGGCAAGUCGCUGCGCGUGAACAAGGCGUCGGCCGACAAGCAAAAGGGCGCCGACAUUGGCGCCGAGCUCUUCAUCGGCAACCUCGACCCCAUGGUGGACGAGAAACUCCUCUACGACACCUUCUCCCGCUUCGGCCCGCUGCUGAGCCUGCCCAAGGUGGCCAGGGACGACAGCGGCAUGAGCAAGGGCUUCGGCUUCGUCAGCUUCGGCGACUUUGAGAGCAGCGACGCCGCCGUCGCGAACCUGGACGGGCAGUACAUGCUCAGCAAGGAGGUCAGCGUGCAGUACGCCUUCAAGAAGGACGGCAAGGGGGAGCGCCACGGCGACGAGGCCGAGAGAGAGCUGGCGAAGCAGGCCAAGAAACGUAACAUUGUGCCCGAGGCCCAGGCCCUGCCGGCAUUUGUGACGCAGCAGAGCCAGCCUCAGCAACCGCCGCCUGCGCCGCCUCAGCAGCAGCAGCAACAGCAACAACAACAACAUCAACAGCAUCAACCACCACAGGGCGGUCAGCAGCCGCCGCCUGUUCCCGCCGGUUUUGACCCAGCCAUGAUUCCUCCCCCGCCCGCCGGGUUGGGCGCCCAUGCGAUGCCUCCAAUGGCGGCGCAUCACCACGCGCCGCCGCCGCCGAAGCCGCGCGCCGCCGCCGCCGAUGCCGCCAAACUUCCACCGCAACCCUCCUCAUUCUCAAGCUCGAUCAGUCAGAACUACACCAAUCCUGCCGACUUUCACCCCGGCGCAUUCCGACCUCCUUCUGGAUCACCAAAUCCCCCAGGAUACCCCGUGGCACCACCUCCUGGCUUCCCAGCCGCACCUCCAGGAGCUCCGGGACAGCAAGCACCGCCAGGAGCAGGGCCACCUGGGUUCAUGCCACCGCCCGGAUUCCAGCCUCCUCCAGGCUUCGGACGUCGUUGA